UUUUUUGGCGGAACAUUUUCAUUUGAUAUCUUCUGUUGUGGAUUGGGGGCGGAAAAAGUGGUGGCGGCAGAAUGGAGACUCAGAUUCCUCUGUUGGAUGAGACGGUGGAGGGCGCAGUUGAUUACCAAGGCCGUCCUGUCCACCGAUCCAAUUCCGGCGGUUGGAGAUCCGCCGCACUCAUCAUAGGAGUGGAGGUUGCUGAAAGAUUUGCCUACUAUGGAGUUUCCUCCAACCUCAUAAACUUCUUAACGGACCAGCUCGGACAGUCGACGGCCAUGGCUGCGGCCAAUGUCAACGCCUGGUCCGGUGCCGCGUCGCUGCUACCUCUUCUUGGGGCCUUUCUCGCCGACUCCUUCCUCGGACGAUUCCGCACUAUCCUUCUUUCCUCUGCCCUCUACGUCUUGGGACUUGGGUUGCUGACUCUGUCUGCAACAUUUCCUUCUCCCAACAUUUCUGCCUGCCAAGGCCAACACACCCAAAAAGCCGUACCAUGUUCCCCCAGUGAUGCCCAAGUAAUUUUAUUUUUCUCCUCCUUGUAUCUGGUGGCAGUUGCUCAAGGAGGACACAAACCUUGCGUCCAGGCCUUCGGAGCCGAUCAAUUUGACGGCCAACAUCCAGAAGAAACCAAAGCUAAAAGCUCUUUCUUUAACUGGUGGUACUUUUGCAUCUCUCUGGCCACUUUUGCAACUGUUAAUAUCUUGAACUAUGUGCAAGAUAAUCUUAGUUGGGUUCUUGGGUUUGGAAUUCCUUUCAUUGCAAUGGUUCUUGCACUGCUAGUUUUCUUGCUGGGGACUAGGAGGUAUAGGUACAGCAACACAGGAGACGAGGAAAACCCAUUUGUAAGGAUCGGACGGGUGUUCAUCACAGCACUGAGAAAUUGGCGUCUGACUUCUUCAGAGAUAGCUCAUGAAGAGGAAAUUCGUGGCCUUUUACCUCACCAUAGCUCUCGACAGUUCAGGUUCCUCGACAGAGCUUUAGUUGUACCUAAAAGUUCAAAAGAAGGCGGUCGUGCAUGUAGUGUCAGUGAAGUUGCGGAAGCAAAAGCAGUACUUAGGCUUGGUCCUAUAUGGGUUACAUGCUUAGCAUAUGCUGUUGUGUUCUCUCAGUCAUCAACUUUCUUUACAAAACAAGGAGUCACAAUGGACAGAUUAAUAGUUUCUGGAUUUGAAAUACCAGCUGCUUCACUUCAAUCCUUCAUCAGUCUGUCUAUUGUCAUUUCCCUACCGAUAUAUGAUCGCGUACUCAUCCCGAUAGCUAGAAAUUUCACUGGGAAACCUUCUGGAAUUACAAUGCUACAGAGGAUUGGAAUUGGGAUGCUGUUAUCUGCCCUUUCCAUGAUCAUCGCUGCAUCAAUCGAGUUAAAAAGGCUCAAAACAGCUGAAGAAUAUGGUUUGGUUGAUCUGCCUAAGGCAACGGUUCCUCUGAGUAUAUGGUGGCUGGUUCCUCAGUAUGUACUGUUUGGAGUUGCAGAUGUUUUCACCAUGGUUGGGUUGCAGGAGUUUUUCUACGACCAGGUUCCGAGUGGACUAAGAAGCAUCGGUCUCUCCCUGUAUCUGAGUAUUUUUGGGGUUGGCAGCUUUUUAAGCAGCUUUAUCAUCUCUGCAAUUGUAAACUUAACCAGUGGGGAUGGCAAAGAAAGUUGGCUUGACAACAAUCUCAACAAAGCUCAUCUUGAUUACUUCUACUGGCUACUUUCUGGGCUCAGUACUAUCGGAUUGGCCGCUUUCCUAUGUUUUGCAAGAACUUACAUCUACAAUAAGGGGAACCCCACAUGAAUUAUACUGUCUAGGAGUGUUGUAAUUUAUAGUGAGUGGGAUUGGAAAUGUAUUGUUAUGUAUCAAAAUGGAUCUAUUUGAAACUUUAUCUUACCGAUUAUCAUCUGUCGAAUUCUAGUUUUAGUGUCGUCUACAGAUUUUGAGUGGCAGACUUGA